AUGCCGCGUUUUUGCGCGCUUUUGCUUUUGUUGUUCGCAGCAAGCGUUUUUUGCGAUGAGAAAUCGCGAGCGAUUCCAUAUGCGCCGAGCACCGAAGCGCUCGAAAUGAUCGGAGCUCAAUUUAUUGACGCUCUCAUUAAAAAAGGACAAAUUGAAAUGGCGAAGAACGCGUUUAAAACGCAGCUUGAAGUGUUGGAGAAGGUUCAACCCGAUCAGUUCGAGAAGUACAAGAAGCUGAAGGUCGAAGACCUGGCGGCAGAUGCUGUCAUGCAACAAGCAGAACUGGCGAAGCUUCAACCAAAAACUGGAAACGCUUUCAUCGAUAUGCUGAACUCGAACGGGAUUCCCAUCGGAAGCAGUAUUCGCGGACUGGAAGACGCGAUUCGAACCCAACGCGAUAUGGAGAUCAAUGAUCCGUCGGAACAAAUCGCAAAAGCGGUUUUGGAGAAAUUCCAAACUCAAAUUUUGCCGGGUCUCGUCGCGAACAUGAUCGCCGGCCGAAAUCCGUUCAAAAUGCCGCAACAACAAAUGCGACGGUCGCAAAUGCAAAUGCAGCGCGUUCCGGCGAAAAUGAUGCGACAGUCGGCGCUUGACGCGAAUCGAAUGGAUGUCGAAGCGAGCGACGACGACGGCGACGAGGCGUUGACGGAUGAUGAAUCGCGGCGAGACCUCACGCGACGACUCCGAGCCAGUCCGAGAUUGAGAGCGCUUCUUGAGAAUCCGGAAGUGGCGAAUCUGUUGUCGAAUCGGCGAAUGCGCGAUUCGCCGCUUCACUCGAGACGACCAUUGGCGACCAGUGACGAUGACGACGAGACGUUUCGCGCGAUGAAGGCUAGAGCGAAGCUGGAUCAGAAAUCGCAAAUUGUCCUCGGAUUGCAUGGACUCACCGACGAUGAUUAUGACGAUGACGACGAGAAGGAAGCUGAAGAUAACGCGCUUCGUCGUGCUCCACCAGUGCUUUCGUCGGCAUUUUUAGAGCAGCUCAAAUCCAACGACGAGCUGAAAGCAGCGUUGAACCGAAUCAAGUACCGAGUCGAAGACGUCGAGAAGUACUUGGAACCGAGAAAGGUGCCGGUGAAUCCGAAUCCUCAACCCGGAUUCUUUGUUCCGCGCAAAAUCCCGACGAAACCUCGCAAAAUGGUUCCAUUGUUAAUCGGCGCUGAUCCGAAAGAAGUCGAGGAGGUCAGAAGGCAUCCGAGUGCCGAAUGGGAGCUGAAGCAUAAAUCAAGAGUGAUCACGAAUUUGAAGAACAAUCCAAGUCUCGCCGCGCUUUUUAUGGACGAUCAUCUGGAGAAAACAUUGAGCGGACGAGAAAUGCUGUCGGCCGAUCAGAAGGGUCAAAUGCGCGUGAAGACGAUCAAGGCGUUGCCGCGAUUGUACGGCGAGACGACGUCGAAAGCGAGCAUGAUCGAUGCGAAGGUCACGCAGAUGAUCGAAGAACGCCCGGUGCCGCCGUUGUUCUGGGAGCCGAAGGGCCGACAUACACGCUUCCGAUGGACGGGCGCGAACGAGAAGGAGAUACCGGGACUCGGAACGCGCUUCAUUCUGCCGUCGCUGGAUCCGACAAUGCCGGCGGUGAAUUCCGGCUUCUCGACGCAAGGACGUGCGCGCGACGAGUGGGACACGAUGUUCAAAAUCCCGAACAACUGGAAUCCCGGCGACGAAAUCGGAUUCACAAUUAACUCAAAUUCAAAGCGAUUCGUCGGUGGCAACGGAGCAUUUGAUAUGCCAGCUCUUCAUUUAUAG